UUGAGGCAAAUGAUAUUGUGCUUUGAAAGCAAUCUCAAAAAAGUUUCCUUUCUUUUCAUUCAAGUGAAUUAGUAGUUAAAAGAUGUGGAGGGUUCAUAUUUCUUAGUCUCUGGGAAAUGAAUCCUUUCUCUUUCCUUUUGGAAACAAACAGAGACUGAAGCUUGUCAGCAAAUUUCACUUUUUUUUUGUUUUCUUUUUGCGUACACCUUUCUAAGUCACAGCAAAAAAAGAAAAGAAGGAACUUUUGGAUGUUGAUGAUGGACUCUUCUUAAUUAAAAGCCAAUUUGCUGAUAUUAAGAUCGAAGGACGACAACAACUCAAAGCUAUUGCUGAAAUCUUUUAGUAGAUUCUUCUUAUGGAGUCAACAUAGACAUUUCUCCCAUGAGAAAUUCAGUUUUGCCUGUAAACUUGUAAGUGGUCGUGACCUUUUGGGCAUUUUGCAUGUCUGGCCCUGAGGUUAUUGUUGGUAAUGUGGAACGAGCACUGACUUGUGCAGACAGGACGAAGUCUGUUGAUGCCAUCUCUGACAGAGACCGCUCAUCUAUAUCAAUCAAUGGUGAAUCUUUCCGUGCUUCAUCUGAAAAUAUAGCCUUUAGAGUUGGGGAGCUUGGUCUUCCCAAUGGGGAAUCAUAUUCUGGAUCAUUGCUUGGCAAUGCACCUGAGGGGAAUGGGAAAUAUGUAUGGUCGGAUGGUUGUGUAUAUGAAGGUGAAUGGAGAAGGGGGAUGAGGCAUGGGAAUGGAAAAAUUCAGUGGCCUUCUGGAACUGCUUAUGAGGGUGAAUUUUCAGGUGGAUACAUGCAUGGUGCAGGGACCUACGUAGGUUCCAAUAACUUGACAUAUAAAGGAAGAUGGCGUUUGAAUCUCAAGCAUGGAUUGGGAUACCAGGUUUAUCCUAACGGAGAUAUCUUUGAGGGCUCUUGGAUACAAGGAAGUCCAGAGGGUCCAGGCAAGUAUACCUGGGCUAAUGGGAAUGUCUAUCAUGGGGAUAUGAAAGGGGGUAAAAUGACAGGGAAAGGGACUCUUACAUGGACUAAUGGGGAUUCAUUUGAAGGAAGCUGGUUAAAUGGUAUGAUGCAUGGAUUUGGAGUGUAUACAUGGAGCGAUGGCGGUUGCUAUGUUGGAACUUGGACGCGUGGUUUGAAGGAUGGAAAAGGAUCGUUUUAUCCAAAAGGGAGCCGGUUUCAAGCUGUAGAAGAAUGGUACCUCAAUGCUCUAAGAAAAAGAGGGGUACUUCCAGAUCUAAGAAAGCAGAACUACGCACUUAUUCAUCAUGCAUCUUCGGUCAACAUGGGAAAUGUCAAGGUAGGUGAGAACCAGGGAUCUCGUCAUAAUUCAUCUGAUAAACUAUCCAAGGGAAACUUGUUAACUUUGGAGCAGUCUCGAAACAAAAAAGUUUCUCUGGAAAGGCGCUGGAGUCUUGAGGUAUAUAUUGAAAAGGUGAUAGGACAUGACUCAUCAUUAGAUUUAUCUGAAGGCUUAGGGAAGGAGUUUGAAACAAACACACCACCAAUCUUGGAACGAGAAUACAUGCAAGGUGUUCUAAUUAGUGAACUUGUGUUGAAUAGUAGUUUUUCUUCAUCAUCCAGAAGAACAAAAAGGCGACAGAAGAAACUUGCAAAAGAGGUCAAGAGGCCUGGUGAAGCAAUCAUUAAAGGGCAUAGGAGUUAUGAUUUGAUGCUCAGUUUGCAGCUUGGAAUAAGGUAUACUGUGGGGAAAAUUACACCUGUACAGAGACGAGAAGUUCGUGCUUCAGAUUUUGGUCCGAGGGCAAGCUUUUGGAUGAAUUUUCCGAAAGAUGGAUCCCAAUUGACACCUCCUCACCAAUCAGAGGACUUUAAAUGGAAAGACUACUGCCCAAUGGUUUUCAGGAAUUUGAGAGAGAUGUUCAAGAUCGAUUCGGCUGACUACAUGAUGUCCAUUUGUGGAAAUGAUGCUCUUAGAGAACUUUCCUCUCCUGGGAAAAGUGGUAGCAUCUUUUUCCUAUCUCAGGAUGACCACUUCAUGAUUAAGACACUUCGGAAGUCUGAAGUAAAGGUGCUUCUGAAAAUGUUGCCGGACUAUCAUCAUCAUGUGAGGUCUUAUGAGAAUACACUCAUAACAAAAUUCUUUGGUCUUCACAGGAUUAAACCUUCAAGCGGUCAAAAGUUUCGCUUUGUAGUGAUGGGGAAUAUGUUCUGCACAGAAUUAAGGAUCCAUCGAAGGUUUGAUUUGAAAGGGUCAUCUUUAGGACGGUCUACAGAGAAUGUUGAGAUAGAAGAGAACACAACACUUAAAGAUUUGGAUCUAAACUACUGCUUCUAUUUGGAACCUUCUUGGCGUGAAUCUUUAUUACAGCAGAUUGAGAUUGAUAGCAAAUUUUUGGAAGUGCAGCACAUCAUGGAUUACAGCCUUUUGCUGGGUGUGCAUUAUCGAGCCCCACAACACUUACGGUCUUUAAUGUCUUACAAUCGAAGUAUAACUGCUGAAGGAUUGGGAGUUCUAGCAGAGGAAGAUACUAUAGAGGAUGAGAACUACCCACAAGGUCUCGUCUUGGUUCCUCGAGGAACAGAUGAUGAUAGUGUUGUCGUGGGUCCUCACAUUAGAGGUAGCAGAUUACGAGCAUCAUCAGCUGGUGAUGAGGAAGUGGAUCUCCUCCUUCCCGGCACAGCAAGGCUCCAAAUCCAGCUUGGGGUGAACAUGCCUGCCAGGGCAGAGCAGAUUCCAGGGGAAGAGGAAAAACAGACCUUUCAUGAAGCAUAUGAUGUUGUUCUGUACCUAGGCAUCAUUGAUAUCUUGCAAGAAUACAACAUGAGUAAGAAGAUUGAGCACGCAUACAAAUCUCUUCAAUUUGAUUCCUUGUCGAUCUCGGCUGUGGAUCCAACUUUCUACUCCAGACGCUUCCUAGAGUUCAUUCAAAAGGUUUUCCCUCCUAAUGUCAUUACAAGUUGAUACAUUUUGGUCUGGAUGCGUUUUAGGCCCCUUGCCUUUGUUUUUACCUUGUCAGAGAACCAUGAGCUUAAAUGCUUCAAAAUGUAUUUCCAUUAUCAUGUGACCAAGUUAAAUUCAUGUGCAAGCAUACACUGUAAAUGUGUUUGAUUUAAUACUAAAAGCUAUUCUCGGACCA